AGCGUGCCGGGUCUGCAAGCCGUUACCGAUGGGAAGAUGGUGGAAUCUGGAGCAGCAACGUGCACGAUACUCCGUCCCAAACAUUUCCAAAAACAUUUACCAUCUCAACCUGGCAUUAGACAUCGGUUACCCGGGGACAACCAUAGAUAAUACAUACUAAAACUGAGACGAAACUAUAAGUAUUUUGAUUUCGGUGCGAGACGCACCUUACAUAUGGUGCCUCAAACGUGGGGGCCAAACUGAACAGAUCACAGUAUUAUUUUGAUAUUCUGCGAGGGAUUUCUCGGCAGGGACUGGUAAUAAAUUGGUCAUCGUCUACAGCGUGUCUCCUUCAGGCGUUGGUGUUUUGGAGCAGCUGUCAAAAUGCCACGAAACAAAAAGGGGAAACGCGGAGGGAACAGUUCGAGUAAGGGCUCACUUCGACAGGAAGUGCUUCAGCUGCAGUUGUCAAAAACUGCGCUGUCACGUACAGGGAGGAACGGGGUGAGAGGCGAGACUGGUGUGAGUGAUGAUGAUUUGGCAUCUGAUGUUCUCAGUCACUAUAGCAGUGCCAGUGAAAGUGCGUCAGUUAUAGAAGAGGGCGCAGGUGAGGUGGUUGAUGAACAAACUGCUCAGGAAGAAACAGAAGACAAACUGAAGCAAUGCAUUGACAAUCUUAUGGACAAAAGUGCCAAGACCCGUCUGGCUGCAUUAGAAAGUCUGCGCAUGGCGUUUUCCUCUAGGGUUCUGUAUGAGUUCCUCUUAGAGAGACGUUACACCAUCAGUGACUGUCUAGAGAGGAGCUUGAAGAAAGGUGGAGGAGAGGAGCAGGCUGCUGCUGCUACAGUUUUCGCUCUGUUGUGUUUGCAGCUUGGGGGCGGAGUCGAAGGGGAGGAGGGCUUUAAAAUGCUCCGCCCUGUCCUUAGCACCAUUCUGAUUGACAGCUGUGCCAGCCUGGCAGCACGGCAGAGUUGUGCUCGGGCUCUAGGCAUGUGCUGCUAUGUGUCUGCCUCGGAUGAUGCAGAGGAUCUGCUGAAAUCUCUUGGACACUUGGAGAGUGUGUUUGUGGGUGCGUAUCCUCUAGGCGAUGGCUCUCUGCCCUCUGUCAAAGCCGGGACCCCUGCUCUCCACAGCGCUGCCCUACAGGCUUGGGCUCUGCUCUGCACCCUCUGUCCUGCAUCACACAUCAACACCAUUCUCAACCACCACUUACCUCGUCUGCAUGCAUGUUUAGAAAGCAGUGAGGUAAACUUCAGGAUUGCUGUGGGAGAGACCAUCGCUCUGCUGUAUGAACUGGGCCGAGACAUUGAUCAGGAGUUCGAGUAUGAAGACUGUGAUGCAUUGUGCGAUAGUCUGAAGAGUCUGGCGACUGACGGAAACAAACAUCGUGCUAAAAAUGACCGCAGGAAACAGCGCUCCAUCUUCAGAGAAGUGCUGCACUACAUUGAGAAUGAAGAUUUCACAGAUGAGAAGAUCCAGUUUGGGAUUGAGGUCAUCUAUAUUGAUGGCUGGAUGCGCCGUAGGAUUUAUGAUGCCUUCAAGGAGGUGCUUGAGUCUGGAGUCAGACACCACCUACAGUUUAAUCCUUUGCUGAGGGAUAUUUUUGGCCUUGGACCUCCUCUCAUCCUGGAUGCAUCUGUCAAGGCCAGCAAGAUCUCUCGCACCGAGAGGCACCUGUUUAACUCUGCUGCAUUCAAAGCUCGGACUAAAUUAAGGAACAAAGUGAGGGACAAACGUGCUGAUGUGAUGUGAGGAUGAAGAUGAAACACUGAGAGAGAAACACUACAUCCUUAAAAUCCCCUCGGCUCACUUGAAAAUAUAGUUUGAUCAACUUCCAUGCCAGAGACUUGACCAUGGACGUAUGUGUCUGCCUGUGUGUGUGUGAAAGGCUGAGCGUGUGCAUGUGUGUGUGUGUGUGUGUGUGUAUGCGGUGUUGUGUUUUAUUUAACAUCACAGUGUGUGAACGCUAGGAAUCCUUCAAUUAAACAGACAUAAAAUAUUCUAUCUUCACAACAACCUCUUUUAAGGCUGUAUUCAGCCUUUCUGUUUUACCUCCUCGUGAGUUUUUUGGGGAAAAUGGAGAAUUUUUAUCACAGAAAUAUCAACUUUUUACAGCUCUGCAACAAAGAACGAGGCCAAGAAAAAUGAAAUCUUUGUAGUUUUUCUAUAUGCAUUUUAUAAAUGGACUCUACUGAUGCACAAGUGGUGAUGCAAGAAAAUGAAAAGGCAUCUCAGACUGCAGGAUGGUUUAAGCAGUUUUGUUAAACCUCUUUCACUGCCACUAAAGUAACCAUGUUUUACAUCAUAACUCUACUCAUCUGCUGAAAGUCUGCUUUUUAUUGGUUCCCAGUAUCCUAUGGUUCCUUCUUCCUGUACCCACAACCCUGUGCUUAUUUCUGCCUAUUUAGAUCAUGCUUCAACAUUUGCUAUUUGUUUGAAUUUCUUUAUGAAAAAUCUUAAACCACCUUGUCAUGACUUUUCUCUAAGGUGAAAGUACUGUAUUUAAAAAGCAAGGUUUUGAAUGAGAAAACAAUAAAUUAUGUAAUAAUUCUU